UACAAGUUAAUUUGAGGAAAACCAACACACAAAUUACUACAGACAAAUCCAGCUACAAAACCUCAAAUUCUACUCAUCACAAAUGCAUUCUCCCCCAAAUAAGCAAGCAAACAAACCCAACUCCCAACCGAUCAAUUGAAGAAAGCAAACAACCUUUGCUACUAAUUUAUCCAACCAAUCUAUCAUCUUGAUCUCCCUAAUCUCAUUGCACCUAAGCAGCCCGGUGGCCCCAUCGGCGUCGUGAAGGCUGGUGAUGUCGAGUGUGAUGGCGGUGAUAAACUCGAAGUUGGACCGACGCGGGGGUAGGUGGAGGUUGCGAAGGCCCAUGUCGGUGUCGACGGUGAAGUCAGGUGGGCUCUUAUGGUGAAGGGGAAGGCUGUCUGGGAAACGCGCUUGCAAGCCGCUAUGAUUCACACUUCAGAUCCCAUUUUGUGCACGCAUUAGUUUCGGACAUAAAGUGAAAACUCAAAAAAUUUAGAGAACAAAAAUAUAAUUAACUCAUUCUUCUUUUACCAUGAUUGGCGGUUUAUCAAGUGAGAUUUUUUUUUAAGUCAGAAAAUAAAUACUUAUAUUAAAUUCUAUUAUAAAUUAUCAAAAUUAAAAUAUACAAAUCGCAUUACGAUUAUUGGCUACGAGUGGUGAAUAUAUAUGCAAAAUGAACAAACAGACAGUCAAACGUAAAAAAAAAAAAAAAAAAACCAUAUCAUGAUUUACGUGUUUUAAUCUUAAUAAUUUAAGAUUACCUCUUCUAACUUUUGUCAAUAUUAUUUAAUGGGAAUGUUUAAAAAAAAUCAAAAGUAUAAUAUAUCAACAUACUCUUUCUAAAGUAAAAAGUAAUACACUUAUUUAUUUAAGAAAAAAUAUAUCAAAAACCAAAAUUAUGAUUUGGUAGCAUAUUCAUUCUUAAAUGAAACUUUUCUUAAUAAAAAAAAAAUGCAAGUUGGUGUUUUUUAGCUAUAAGUGUAUAUAGUUUUGUCAUGGUUCCCACUUCCCACGUUUACACUUGUCCGAUGUGCAUUAUAGUAUACUGCUUCAUAUCUGAGCUGUGUUCAUGCGAGGCCGUUUUGGUGGUUACUCUUCCGUUGUCCACGGAAGAAACCAAGUCAAACCCAUUUUGUCCAAAUCCAAAACCGCAUCUUUAAGCGUUGAAUUCAAUCAAAGCUUAUCACUCCUCCACACUACACAACUUUUCCCUUUUCUUCAAAAGCUUAUUUUGGUUGCAGAAGAAGUAAAAAACACGUUUCAUUAAUCAGAGAAUUGAAGAAGUAAUGCUCAAAGGGAACACCAGAGCCAAUAGAGUUUGCUUUUCUUCAUUGCCAUGUUGCAACUUGCAAUGCAAUGCACUCCUUAGUAAAAGUAGUAUAUGUGUUAACAUUUGUCAAUAGUUCAUCAUAAAUCAUAACAAUGGAGCUAAAAAAUGAGAAGCUAGUCAGGUUCGCCAAUGAUGAAAAACACACUCUUGAACCUCUUUGGGAAAAGAUAGAUGCUCACAAACACCAUGAGAAGGCAUUCCAUGUCUACCCAGAAUUCAAAAUUAGUAAUGGUGAAAAGAACAGAAUGAGUAUCAAAAUUCCCUCGCUUGAAAAGUUGAAGGUUUUCCCAGAGAAACACGAGCCAUGGAAGAAGAGAAUUCUUGAUCCUGGCAGUGAUGUCAUUUUGGAGUGGAACCGGGCUUUCCUGUUUGCUUGCAUUCUAGCACUUUUUGUUGAUCCACUCUUUUUCUACCUCCCCUCAGUAGCAAAUGAUGGCAAGUCAUUGUGUAUGGCCACUGAUUUGAAUUUAGGAAUUGUUGUGACGUGUUUCCGGACAUUUGCUGAUGUUUUCUAUCUACUCAACAUGGCCAUCAAGUUCAGAACUGCCUAUGUGUCUCCAAGUUCAAGGGUUUUUGGCAGGGGAGAGCUUGUUAUGGAUCCUAGGCUGAUUGCAAGGCGGUAUUUGAGAUCAGAGUUCUUCCUAGAUCUUGUUGCUACAUUGCCUCUUCCCCAGAUUGUGAUUUGGUUUAUUAUGCCAGCAAUUAGAAGCUCCCAUGCUGAUCAUACCAACAAUGCACUUGUACUGAUUGUUCUGCUUCAAUAUGUCCCCAGAUUGUAUAUGAUUUUCCCAUUAAGCUCUCAGAUUAUUAAAACCACCGGUGUGGUUACAAAGACAGCUUGGGCUGGAGCUGCUUACAAUCUUCUACUUUACAUGUUAGCUAGUCAUGUUUUGGGUGCAUCCUGGUACUUGUUAUCAAUUGAAAGGCAUGCUACUUGCUGGAAAUCCGAAUGCAGAAAUGAAAGCCUCCCUGUGAAAUGUGCUCUUAAGUACUUAGAUUGCAGUACUUUAAACCACGAUGAUCGCAUGAAGUGGGUAAACACUACUUCUGUGUUUGGUAACUGCAAUCCCGAAAGUAGCACCAGUUUCAACUAUGGAAUUUUUGGAAAUGCAGUGGAAAAUAAUGUUGUCUCCUCUGCAUUUGUAGAGAAGUAUCUCUAUUGUCUGUGGUGGGGCUUGCAGAACUUAAGUUCCUAUGGCCAGAGUUUGACUACAAGCACAUUCGUUUGGGAAACUGCAUUUGCAAUACUCAUAGCUAUUCUGGGUCUGGUUCUGUUUGCCCACUUAAUUGGUAACAUGCAGACCUAUUUGCAAUCCAUUACUGUGAGGCUUGAAGAGUGGAGGCUCAAGCGACGUGACACUGAAGAGUGGAUGAGCCAUCGCCAGCUCCCACAAAAUCUCAGAGAGCGUGUCCGAAGAUUUGUUCAGUACAAGUGGCUUGCAACUCGCGGGGUUGAUGAAGAAACAAUCCUGCGUGGCCUUCCUACUGACCUACGUAGAGAUAUCCAACGCCACCUUUGCUUGGACCUUGUUCGACGUGUUCCCUUUUUCUCACAAAUGGAUGAUCAGCUACUUGAUGCAAUAUGUGAGAGAUUGGUAUCAUCAUUGAGUACUCAAGGCACGAACAUAGUUAGAGAAGGAGACCCGGUUACAGAGAUGCUUUUCAUCAUCAGAGGGAGACUUGAAAGCUCAACCACAAAUGGAGGCAGAACUGGUUUCUUCAACUCCAUUACUUUGAGGCCUGGUGAUUUCUGUGGAGAAGAGUUACUUGCUUGGGCAUUGCUUCCAAAAUCCACUCUUAACUUGCCUUCUUCUACAAGAACUGUUAAGGCCCUUGUGGAAGUGGAAGCCUUUGCACUAAGAGCAGAAGAUCUUAAAUUUGUGGCCAACCAGUUCCGACGUCUCCACAGCAAGAAGUUGCAGCACACUUUCCGUUUCUACUCUCACCAUUGGAGGACAUGGGCAGCGUGCUUCAUUCAGGCUGCGUGGCGCCGGUUCAAGAAGAGAAUGCUGACAAAGAGCCUUAGCUUGAGGGAAUGCCAGUCCUUCAAUCACGACGAACAAGUCGGGGAUGAAAUGGAACAUGGGGAAGAAGAGCACAGUGCAGUGACUUCAAACACUGCACAAGUGAAACAGAACCUAGGUGUCACUAUACUUGCUUCAAGAUUUGCUGCAAACACAAGGAGAGGGGUUCAGAAGAUUAAGGAUGUAGAGUUGCCCAAGUUUCAAAAGCCUGAAGAGCCAGACUUUUCAGUAGAGCCUGAUGAUGGAUAAGCAGUUCAGCACUGCAAUAUGAAGUAUCUGAAUCUGAUACAGCUGCUACUGUCAAUGGCCAAUUUCUAAAGUUCCAUUGCUAUCUUCAAGAGUUAAAAGUAGUAUUCCUCAUACAAAUAAUAGGGGUUCAUACCUAUAAUAUGUGUGCAUUAUUUGUGGAGAAGCUUUCUGGUUUUCUCUUGGCCUGAACUUUUUUUGAGGUGGUACAGCUCUUUGCCUAUACUUUACUACUUGUUUUAUGAAGUUUGAUACCACAGCAGUUAACAUAGUUGAUGGUAAAAGGCAUAGCAAGAAGUUGUUUUUGUGUGUUUGCAUCUCGGUACAGCUCCUUUACAAAAAUCCAUUUUCAUCUUGUAUAUUACAAUUACUUGACAUACAUCACUUGUAUAUUACACUGCAACAUUGUCCUUGGUUGUAUAUUUUCCUACUUGUUCCUGUAUUGCCACAUAGUUCUGGUUCUUGCUUA